AAUUUUAAGUGCCAAGGAUCGAAUCUGAAAGCUUCAAAAUGCGGUCUGGUCGCAGAGCGCUCAAUAUGAUCAAGUAUCUGAUUCUGAUGCUAACGUUUAUGUGUGUCGUGAUCGAAAUCAUACAAAUCGUGGUCGGUGCCGUCCUGCAUCGACUGUUCGCGACGUACACCGUGUUCAUCGACAACGACUUUGUGCGUGCCACUCACUUCCUGAUAGCGGUUGGUAUCGUGCUAGUGUUUCUAUCGAUAUUUGGCUUCGCCGGUAUUAUUUUCGAAAAUGUGAUAAUGAUCUUUUUGUACGCGGGCUUGUUUGGUUUGAUGGUGAUACUUGAAAUCAUACUCGCGUCGGCCGCCUUCUCGAUGUACAACCGGGUGGACAGUAUGCUUACCCGCCGGAUGAACAUCGCGAUACAGAAGUUCUUCUCGGAUAGGUUUAUGCGCGCAAGCUUCAACCACAUGCAGAAUGAGAUGAACUGUUGCGGCAUUCAAUCGUACGCCGAUUGGGCCAACUUCCAUCCGGAGCGUGAUCUGCCUAACUCUUGCUGCCGGCGGGUGGAUGAUGGCUGUAUGCCGCACGAGCGUGGCUGCCAUGCGCCGAUGUCGGAUUUUAUUGGCUCACGCACCCACAUGAUCGCAACCGGUACGGUAAUUAUUAUCGUGUUUCAGGUGAUUUGUAUCGUUACGGCCAUCAUUAUGGGGGCGCGGCUGUCCAAGUACAAGCAGCAGCUGAGGGCGGCCGGUAUGAGCCCGGGCCCGGUGACGGCACCCGAGCCGAUCAUGACCGAGAAGCCGAAAUAUUGAUCGAUUGGAGGAGUUUUUGGUCCACCGGGCACGGGAGUAUGGGUUUUUUGUACGUUGUAAAUGAAUGUAGCGGGAACAAAUGGGAAAAUAAAUAAAGAUAGCCUUUU